AUGCCUCAGAAAGCUCUUAAAGUGACCAAAGCGCCCAAGGAUCCUCGGAGGAUUACUAAGAAGCAAAAAAAUCUGCGAAAAGCCGCACCUUUGCAAUUAAAAUCCAAGAAGAAGUCCCUUGCACACAUGAAAAAGCUGAACAAAGCAUCUUCGCUGACCGAACAGACCGAGAAGCUGAUUGCAAGCAAAGUGGGCCAUUUGGAAUUGGUCAGAGGUACUCGGAGAGAAAUAGAGCAGAAGAAAAAAGAGGGCAAAAAAUGA